AUGGGCUCCAGCAACAAGAAAAAGCGCGAGAAGCAGCAGGACUUCAAAAAACCGAAGUUCAAGGUGGGAAAAGAAAAGGCCAAAGCUUCCAAUUUCACAGACACAAGCUUUAAGUCAAAGGCUAUUGUGAUGGGACAUCAGUCGCUUUCAACAGUCGCACCCGAUGUUGUUCAACAAUUCAAGCACAGUCUGUCACUCGCCUCUUCAUCAAAAUCCGAUAAACAGAGGCGUGAGUCGUUAGCCUAUCUUACUUCACAACUUUCAUCAGAACCCCCCAUCAACCCCGUGGGGACACACGCAGUUCUCUCCAAGCUACUCCCCCUGAUCUCCGAUAGCUCAACGCCAGUCCGGAGUCAGCUUCUCAAACUUCUCAGAGAACUCCCGCCCGCGGAGAUCAGACACAGUGUGGAACCGGCUAUCAUGUUUACCCGAGCAGGCAUGACACAUCUUUCCGCGGACAUCAGCAACGACUCGCUUGGUGUGAUGGAAUGGCUUCUGGAUGUUGCAGAGAACGACUUGAUCGUGUGUCCUGGUGGUUGGGUGAAAACGUUGAACAGUUUCUGCGCCAUGAUGGGGUGGGCAUUGACAACCCCAAAAGCUGGCUGGUCCUCUGGUACACGAUCUGGUCUGCGCGCCAAGGACGCUGCAACAUAUGCCCGCCAAAUUGCCACGCUGUCACGGUUCCUGGAAGCUGGCUUGCGAGCCGAAGCUGAAAUCCCCGAAGACGAGUCAGAAGUGUGGGAUAACUUGUAUCGAAUCCCACAGGAUUCUAAUGCCUUUGAGUAUCUCAAUUUGUACGGUACCCGGCGAGAUGAAGAGGGAGAGAUGUACCCCAGCCGAGACGCAAGACAACGGGUCUUUGAGCGGCGGUUUUUGGAGGCAGUUAUGAAAGGAGCUGAUCAAGCAAAAAAGGAAGGGGGUGCUACUGGUCGAGCGGCAGCUGGUCUUGACAGAGUGCUCCAAGAUGGAAUGGGUGAAUAUGAGAGUUCAAAGACAAUGGAUACCCAGGAUCUUCUGAGUCUUUGGUAA